AUGCCUUUGAAACAGCAGCCAAAAAGAUGGAAACCCCCAAAGGGCCCAAAACCGGUCCAACGUAAGAACAAAAAUACUAUUGGCCUUGGGAGAGCAAUUAAAUCUGCUCGUCAAAAGGAGAAUGCUGUGGAGUAUUUGCCCGACGGUGAGAUGAGAUUCACAACUGAGAAGCAUGAAGCUGACUGGGUAAAAUUGAGAUCCGUCACUCAGGAAACGGCGUUAGAUGAGUUUUUGAGUACUGCUGAGCUAGCUGACAAGGAUUUUUCAGCUGAUCGUCAUUCCAACGUCAAGAUUAUUCGUUUAGACAGUGGUAAUGACUCUGCCACUACACAGGGCCUGACCAUAUCAAACGAAAAGCGUGGAAUAUUGAAUGCUAAGCAAAGAGAGCAUGCCCGUGAAUUGAUCGUCCCAAGAAGACCAGCUUGGGAUACAGAUAUGACCAAAUAUCAACUAGCAAGAAAAGAAAACGAUGCGUUUUUGGAAUGGAGAAGAAAACUUGCUCACUUACAAGAGACAAAUGAAGAUCUUCUUUUGACGCCGUUUGAGAGGAAUAUCGAAGUGUGGAAGCAACUAUGGAGAGUUGUAGAACGUUCAGAUUUGAUUGUUCAAAUUGUAGAUGCUAGGGAUCCACUGCUCUUUAGAUCUGUCGAUUUGGAAAGAUACGUAAAGGAACUUGACGACAGAAAACAGAACCUUCUGCUGGUUAACAAAGCAGAUCUGCUGACUCGUAAGCAGAGGAUAAUUUGGGCCAAAUAUUUCUUGUCGAGAGGUAUUGACUUUACUUUUUACUCUGCUCUAAAAGCUAACCAAUUGCUGGAGUUGCAAGAAGAGUUCGGUGAGGAUUAUAAGCACGAAGAAGAUAAGGAAGAUGAAGGUGAAGGUGAAGAUGAGGAAGGUGUUGACGCCGAGGUUUUGAAAAGUAUAAAUAUCCUUACAAUUGAACAAUUGGAAGACCUUUUUUUAUCGAAAGCCCCUCAAGAGCCAUUGAUUCCUCCAUUACCAGGUCAAUCGCCUCUAAUUCAAAUUGGUUUAGUCGGAUAUCCAAAUGUGGGUAAAUCAUCUACAAUCAACUCCUUGGUCGGAGCUAAGAAGGUCUCUGUCUCUUCGACACCUGGUAAAACUAAGCAUUUUCAAACGAUCAAACUUUCAGACCGUGUAAUGUUGUGUGAUUGUCCCGGUCUUGUUUUUCCCAACUUCGCAUACAGUAAAGGUGAACUGGUUUGCAAUGGUGUAUUGCCUAUCGAUCAAUUGCGUGACUACAUUGGUCCCUGUACACUAGUGGCUGAAAGAGUACCUAAAUAUUUCCUCGAGGCCGUCUAUGGUAUACAUAUCAAAACGAAAGGUCUGGAUGACGGUGUUCAAAGAGAUUUCCCCACGGCACAGGAAUUGUUAGUCGCAUAUGCCAGAGCUCGUGGUUAUAUGACGCAAGGUUUCGGUUCCGCAGAUGAAUCUCGUGCGAGUCGUUAUGUGCUGAAAGACUACGUCAACGGUAAAUUACUUUACAUAAACCCUCCACCACACAUGGAAGACGAUACACUAUACACCAGAGAAGAAUGCCAAGAAUUCAACAAAGAUCUAUACACGUUUGAUAGACUACCGGAAACCAGGCAAGAACAACUGCGCGAAGCUUUGAAGUCUAAAUCUAUUGAAGAUUUCGAUCUUGCAAGAGAUCUAGGGAAAUUGACCUUCUCGGCACACACAGCAGGUAAGGACGGCGAAGAGGCUACAAGUGUCACACACGGUGGUAAGCAAGCAGCCCUAUAUAACGCAGCUGAUGACUUGGAUAGAGAAUUCUUUCAAAUGAACAACAUUCAAGGUAAACUGACGACGCCAUUCCACAAGAACCAGGCAAAUGGCGGAGGGAGUAAGAAACAUAACAAGGGAAACAAGAAGAUGAAGAAGAAGGAGGAAAAGGACGCUGCAUGGAAGAUAUACGAGUAG